ACCAAAAUAAUAACAAAACAGAGCCAACCUUUUCUCUCUCUCUCUCUCUAUCCUCAAAAUUUGAAGAAGGAUGAUGUUACCAGAAGCAUGCGUAGCCAAUAUCCUCUCCUUCACAACCCCGGCCGACAUAUUCUCUUCGUCGGCCGUCUCUUCGGUCUUCCAGUUCGCUGGCGAUUCUGAUCUCGUCUGGGAGAAGUUCCUACCUCCCGACUACAGCCAAGUUGUCUCUAGAUCGACUGAUCAUCACCACCCGAACUUCUCCUCCAAAAAGGAGCUCUAUCGUUAUCUCUGUGAAUCAAUUCUCAUCGAUAAUGGCAGAAAGAUGUUCAAGAUCGAGAAGCUCUCCGGGAAAAUAUCAUAUAUUUUAUCGGCAAGAGAUCUUUCCAUAACUUGGAGCGACCAACAGCAUUACUGGUCUUGGAACCCUCGAUCAGAUUCAAGAUUCUCGGAAGGGGUGGAGCUUAUAAUGACAGACUGGUUAGAAAUCAUAGGAAAAAUACAAACCGGAGUUUUAUCGCCCAACACAAACUACGACGCUUAUCUGAUUAUGAAAGUUACGUCACGUGCGUAUGGACUAGACCUAGUUCCGGCAGAGACUUGGAUAAAAGUGGGGAACGGUGAAAAGAAAACAAAGUCAACUUAUCUAAGUUGCUUGGAUGUCAAGAAACAACAAAUGGAGCGGCUGUUUUACGGACAGCGGGAACAGAGGAGGGCGAUGAUGGACAAGGUUGUCGGGAGCCAUCGGAGGGAGCCAGAGGUGAGAGACGAUGGGUGGAUGGAGACCGGACGAGAAGGUGGUGAAGACAUGGAGGUUGUUAUGAGCCUAACCGAAGUUAAAGGUUAUCAAUUGAAAGGUGGGAUUGCGAUUGAUGGAAUUGAAGUUAGGCCUAAACCCCCUAAAAGUGAGGGACUACUGUUGUACUAACGGAAAGAUGAAUGCCAAAUUUUGGGUUUACCUGAUUAUGUGUUUGGUUUGGGUCAAAUUUGUAAAAUGAGAAAACUAUUUUGGUGGGUUGGUAAAAAGUUCAAAACUAAUUGAGUUAACUUAUUAUAUAUACAUUAUUUAUACAUGUACAAUAGUUGUAAUAUAGGCCAAAGACUUGUCAUUCGAGUUGUCAAAUAUUUGGUUCGUAUGGAUAAUUGUGAAUUGUGCUUUAUAUUUGUUGACAUUUA